AUGACGAUAGUUAAUCACUUCAAGAUCAAGCGAGCAGCCAACGCGCUCAGCAGAAAGGGGUCUGACUCGUCGUUCAAUCCAUUCGCGCACAUACAAUGGCGCAAGGAGAGAAGUCAAACCUUCCCGGUCGAUGUCGAGCGUGGCGAGGGCGCAGGUGGUGGUCGCGCCCAAGGAGACGACGGCCAAGACGAUAUCGAUCACUCGCCCUUAGUACAUGUCAGCACGGCGCCAGUCUCCGGCAGGGGACACAACGAGAGGGCUACUGAUCAAGAGUCCACCAGCGCCGCGGCCACUGCUACUGAUUCCGAGAAGCAGUCACGGGAGCCCCCUGACGCCAGUCGAGAUGGCAACAAGCCCUCGGUAGGUCUGUCGCCAGAAUCUGCAGAGAACGGACUGCGCCAAAGACGACUGGAGCCCAAACUUGACACGACGGUGGCCGGCCUUGCGCCCUCUAGCAGCGGGGCAGGAACUGUAAGCGAUGCCGACGACGGAAAGCAGAAGAAGGGGUCUCGAUUUAUCAAACACAUCGAGCCCAAGGAACCUUUUACCUUCGCCAACCAGCUGCAACGCACUUUUCUUAACUCGUGGAUUAAUAUUUUACUGGUUGCCGCUCCUGCCGGUAUAGCACUACACUUUACCAGCGUCAGCCCUAUCGCAAUCUUCGUCGUCAAUUUUAUUGCUAUUAUCCCCUUGGCAUCAAUGUUGGGCUUUGCCACAGAGGAGAUAGCGCUUAGGACAGGAGAGACACUUGGAGGUUUGAUCAAUGCAACUUUCGGAAAUGCCGUUGAGCUUAUAGUGGCCGUCAUUGCGCUCAUGCAAGGAGAGGUCGUCAUUGUGCAGACGUCCCUCAUCGGCAGUAUCCUGUCAAAUUUGCUCUUGGUCCUCGGCAUGUGCUUCUUCUUUGGUGGUCUGCGGAGGAGAGAGCAAUUUUUCAACGAGACGGUUGCACAAACUGCGGCAAGUCUCCUCGCGCUAGCUGUUGCUGGUGUUAUUGUCCCGACCGUCUUUGACCGCGCCAGCAACACCCCAGAUCAUGACGUGGCGCAACUUUCCCGCGGAACUUCAAUAAUACUACUGUUUGUCUAUGCAGGCUAUCUCUUUUUCCAGCUACAUACCCACCAGGAAGUGUUUGGUGAGGAAAGCCAAAAAGUUCCCGCAAAGCCGUUCCGGAGCCAGUCUCCGAAUCCGGCCCGGAACGGAAUUGCGGCUGGACUAGCCGGCCCUGGCCGCGGACUAAUAGCGCAGUCCAUUUCACCAUCUAAUGAUCAAGGCAAAGAGAAGCUUUCACAAAUGCUCAAAGAGCCGGGUAGGGCGGCGGCGGCGGCGGCGGCGGCGGAGGAAGAGGAUGAAAGCGAGGAGCCGCAGCUGCACUUUUUCGUCGCCCUAGCCCUGCUAGCUGGUUGUACUGUCGUAAUUGCGUUCUGUGCCGAGUUUCUCGUCGACAGCAUCGACUACGUCACCACCCAGGGCGGCAUUUCCAAAGAAUUCCUCGGCCUAAUCCUUCUGCCCAUCGUCGGAAAUGCAGCCGAGCACGCAACGGCCGUCACGGUUGCUAUCAAGGACAAGAUGGACCUGGCCAUCGGUGUUGCCAUCGGGUCGAGCAUGCAGGUCGCUCUGUUUCUCAUCCCGCUCCUUGUGGUCAUUGGUUGGGGCAAGAACAUGGACGCCAUGGGCCUGAGCUUUGAUAUAUUCCAGGUGGCUGUCAUGUUUGUAUCGGUCCUGUUGGUUAACUACCUGAUCAGCGACGGCAAGAGCCAUUGGCUGGAGGGGAUGCUUCUCAUGUGUCUCUACGCCAUCAUUGCCGUCUGUUCCUGGUGGUAUCCCACGCCGGGUCAGGAAUAA